AACUGGGAGCUGAGCGCGUGUUUGGAUUGAAUUUAUAUUAUUAUUUUAGGUUGUACGUGAGUUAUGUGUUUUAAUUGCUCUUUAAACAAAGUUAAACAGAUAAGUUGCAUAAACUAAGUUACAACCAUGAAGUUCAAUUAUAAGUUUCAAAAUUUACUGGGCACAGUAUACAGGAGAGGAGAUAUAAUAUUUACAAAUGACGGCAACUGUGUGUUCAGUCCAGUGGGCAACAAAAUUACAGUAUAUAAUCUUAAGCAAAACAAAAGCAACACUCUGCCAGUUGAGAGCCAUUUUAAUUAUACAGCCAUUGAUGUUUCACCAAAUGGAUCAAUAUUACUUGCAAUUAAUGAAAAGGGUGAAGCACAAAUGAUAAGUCUCUUGACAUGUACAGUUAUACACAGAUACAAAUUCAAGCAGCAAGUGAACGCUGUCAAGUUUAGUCCCGAUGGAAAACUGUUUGCUGCUUGCUGUGAUGAUACAGUUUUCAUUAUGUCAGCACCCAGUACUUUCACGGGAGAAUUCCGUUCGUUCAUUAUGAAGCGAGUGUUCAAGAAGGCACACGACGAAGUCACUUGCCUCGACUGGUCGAGUUGUGGCAAGUUACUCGCCGCCGGCUCGAAGGACACCACCACGAAAAUAUACACGUCAGAGUACAUAGACAACUUAAAUAUGUACUCGCUAAGCGGGCAUACGGAUAAAGUCGUUGGUGUUUUCUUCGAACGGAAGAGUUUGGACCUUAUUACCGUGAGUCGGAACGGUCAAGUUUGCUUGUGGGAAGCCAGUAUUGAUUCGGAUGAUUUGGUGACGUCGGCGGUUCAAAUAUCGCAUAAGAAGAGAAGGAAACUACAGAAGGAGGCAGAGUUAGAAGAUGAUGAAGUGGACGAGGAGAAUGUUAUUGAGAAGGAUAAAGAAUAUGAAAGCGAUCAAGACGCGAACAUGGAGGCUGACAUUGAGAAGGCGGAUCAUAAAUUGGAAGACGAUAAGAAAUUGCGGUAUAAGAAAUUAGGCCGGCACUACAUUGGCGACGCGAUAAGAAACGCUAAUCACAAAUGCAGAGUGUCUGCUGCGGCCUAUCACAAGAACACUAAGAUACUGGUCACAGGUUUCUCGACCGGCAUAUUCUUCCUGCACGAGAUGCCCGACGUGAAUCUGAUCCACACCCUCAGUAUAUCGGAGCACAGGAUCAGCAGUAUCGCGAUGUCAGCUCAAGGCGACUGGAUAGCGUUCGGCUGUCCCAAUAUAGGGCAGCUGCUUGUUUGGGAAUGGCAGAGUGAACAGUACGUGAUGAAGCAACAAGGUCACUCUCUCGACAUGACCUGCCUCGCGUACUCACCCGACGGCCUGUAUAUAGUGACGGGGGGUUACGACGGAAAGGUCAAGGUCUGGAACACGACCUCUGGGUUCUGCUUCGUGACCUUCAACGAGCACAAGUCAACGGUCACCAGUAUAGUGUUCAGCGCGAACAAGAAGUUCUUUGUGUCUUCAUCGCUCGACGGGACUGUGAGAUGCUACGAUCUUACAAGAUACCGCAACUUCAGAACCCUUACAUCUCCAAGCCUGGUACAAUUUGGAUGCGUUGCUGUGGAUUCAAGCAGCGAGCUGUGUGCCGCUGGGGGGCAGGAUGUCUUCGAAAUAUUCGUUUGGUCCAUCAAAUUUGGCAAGCUCCUCGAGGUACUAGGAGGCCAUGAAGCUCCAGUAGCUUGUUUGGCCUUCAGUCCGAACCUGUCUAGUUCCCGCCUCGCCUCUGCAUCGUGGGACAAGACCGUCAAACUGUGGAACUGCAUCGAGACCAGUUCCGAGAGUGAAACUAUACAGUUGACAUCAGACGCUUUACAAGUCGCCUUCAGACCUGACGGUGAAGAGAUUGCCGUAUCAACACUAGACGGAAAUAUAUCGUUCUUCAACGUAACGACGUCAGACCAAACGGGAAGCAUCGAAGGUAGAAACGAUUUGGGAUCCGGCAGAGCUGAUACCGACUUGGUGACGCCUGAAAAAAUGCUCAAAACAAAGGCGUUUACAACUAUAUGCUAUUCAGCUGACGGGACUUCGUUACUCGGUGCGGGAAACUCCAAGCACGUGUGUUUGUACAGCAUUAAAGAGUCUGUGCUGAUCAAAAAGUUUGUUAUCACGCAAAAUCGCUCUUUGGAUGCUGUUAACGACUUUGUAAACCGUCGCUUCCUAACAGAGUUCGGCAAUAUGGCCCUUGUCGAGAAUAGGGAUGAGUUGGAAGGUGGGGACGUCCAUUUGAGACUGCCGGGGGUGAAGGCCGGCGAUAUGGCGGAUAGGAGAGUUAAGCCAGAGGUUAGAGUGCAUUGCAUCCGGUUUUCGCCGACGGGCGAAAGUUUUGCUGUGGCUGCGACGGAAGGUCUGCUUCUCUACAGUCAAAACGCCGGCGUGGAUGGAACUUUCAGGCCUUACCGGCUAGAAACCAGCUCAACGCCGCUAGCAGUGAAACAGCUGUUACAAGACAAGUCAUGGGGGCUCGCGUUAAUAGGCGCACUGCAACUGAACGAACAUGACGUCAUACAACAGUGCGUGGAAGCCGUCCCGCCUUCAGACAUUGAACUAACAGUGGCCAGCCUAGAAGAGGAUUACGCGUUCCGCCUUCUGAGCUCAAUAGCACGCCUUCUAGAAGAAAGCAGGCAUUUGGAACAUCUUCUGCUCUGGGUCAGGAACAUUGUGACAGCAAAGAAGAAGUUCCCGCAGACGGUACUUCUGGCAUUGGAGAAGGUUCUUACUGUAAAAUACUCGCAGCUGAGUAAAAUAUGUGACUUCAAUAAAUACACAAUCCGUUGUAUAAAAUCAGUUGGCGAGUUGACGCCGAAGCAAGAGGACGUGGUAAUGGACUCCGACCAGUCGAGUGGACGGGGAACUUUCUCCGACAGUGAUUCAGACUAACUAUACACAAUAAAUGUUUUAUAAUAUACA